AAAAAAAUGAGUAAAUAUUCUUCCUCGUCGUCGUCAACUGUUUCUGACGCUGGAGAGGAUACGGACCGUUCAUCAUCGUAUGUUGUGAGAAGUUAUCCAUCAUCAGUAAAUUCAACCCCGAGAAGAAAGAGUCCAACAACUGGGGAUGAGGAUUCAUCAGAAUUAUUGUCGAGUUUAAUGUCAAGGCUUACGCCACCUAGUGUACAAAAACAUCAUAAUAUUAGUGUCACCACAACAAGUACUGCUGCUCUUGGAAAUAUGAAAAGUCUAAAUUCUUCCAUGAUGUCUAACUCUUCAUCGGUAUCAACAAAGUGGGAGGAGAUGAAUAAUUUAGCAAAGGAGAUUGAAAGUAAUGUCAAAAAAACAACCUCAAGUGCCUCAAAACGAUCUUCCUAUGCUGCAUACGAUGACUUGAGUGAUAGCAGCCUUAUUCAUCCUUCCAACAAGAAAUUAUCUUCAAAGAUUUCAGAAAACAUCAGUAUGGACGAUUCAAUUGACUCUACAGCAAGUGCUUUGAAACGAUAUUUGGAAAAAUACAAUGAAAAAUCAAAACCUAAACCUACUCAGCAUAAUUUGGAUGAUUCUUUGAGUGAUCUUUAUGGGAAGUUGACAGAAUUCUCGAAUACAUACAAGCCAAGAGAUAUUGAUACAUCUCUUUCUUCUGUCACUCCAUUGAGAUCAAACAGAAUGGGACCUGUGGAUGAUAUGAUAUCUACUGCCUCAAAUAUGUCGACAAACACAGAUGAAUUAUUUACAAAACUUGAUAAUUAUGGAGAAAAAUAUAUGGAAAAUGAAAUCUUCUCUGGAAAAUCUGCUAAAAACUCAAAGAAAAAGAAGGCUGAUAUUUCCAUAAGCUCUGUUGAUAGUGACAAGGAAAAUUAUGAGCCAAGAAGGAUUAAACCAUCAAGAAAAAGUACAACUCCAAAGAGGCCGCAAUCCGUUAAGGUAAGCUCGAUGAAGGAAGAGAAGAAAGAGACAUCUAUCAAAUCUAAAGUCGCAACAACAAGAUCAAAAACACCAACCUCCAAAUAUACAAAACCAGAGCCUUCAAAGAAGACAGAGUUGAAAAAACCUUUGACAUCGUCAACCUCCAAAUCCAGAGCAAACCAAGCAGUAGAAAAUAUUUCCAAAAAGAUUAGCUCACGAGAACCUGUAAAAUCCACAUAUGCCAAACAUUUCCAAAAACCUCAACCAAAGAGAGAAUGCAAUACUUCUGUUUCAAGUGACGACGAAGAAAAGCGAGAUUGUAAAUCGUGUCAAACAAGCAUGCUUCGUGACGUUCAGACAACACCAAACAUGACAACACUGGCAAGUAUUAAUUCCAUUCCAAUGUCCCCUGGUCUGUCGAGCUCAUCCAAUGAAAUUGCAUUCAAAAUUGUUGGAUCCACAGACAAUAUAGAAAAAGUAGAAGUAUAUCUAAAGAACUCAACAAGGCAAUCCUUCUCUGUAAAUUCAUCUACUCAAAACCCAUUGCUUAGUGAUACCCUUCUCAAUGAGACAAAUAUAAUCGAGUCAUUCUGCUCUCCUAAUCCUCCUCAAUUUAAUCCAUCUUCCUCUACUUCAUCUCGGUAUUCUAAUAAUUCUCCAGAUCAUGUUUCACAGUCCAAUAGCAUGACUGAAAGUCAAGAGACCCUACAGCCACUCAAAUCCUUUUACAGCAAAUACUUUGUCAAAUAAACAUUACCGAGUUUCUAUUG